CAUCUCUCAGGAAUAUUCUCUUCAAAAGUGGAAAGAGCCCAUUCUACGAUGAUGAAUGCCGACAUGGAUGCUGUUGAGGCUGAGAAUCAGGUGGAAUUAGAAGAGAAAACACGGCUUAUUAAUCAAGUUUUGGAACUGCAGCACACACUUGAAGAUCUCUCAGCACGAGUAGAUGCUGUUAAGGAAGAAAACUUGAAACUGAAAUCAGAAAACCAAGUUCUUGGACAGUAUAUAGAAAAUCUGAUGUCAGCAUCUAGUGUUUUUCAAACAACUGACACAAAAAGCAAAAGGAAGUAAGGUGACUCACAGAUGAUGUCAUUGUAUUGCUGCUGUCUUUUUUUGUUUUAAUUGGCAUAGGCUACAUGAGCUAAAAUACCUUGGUUUGUGGCUUUACUGGAUACCUGAAGAUUAUAAACUUUGGUGAUAAAGAGAAUUAAGAACAUUGUCAUGAACAGGAGACAUAAGUUUGUGUAUUGUUAAGAUUAAGCAAUGUGCAAAUGUAGUGUAGAGACUUACUAAACUUUCAUUUAAAAAUGAGCAUCUCUUGUUAAAAAUUGGAUUCAGUUUGUCAGGUUAAACAAAAGUCUGUUGGCGCUCUUUGAGGUCUUAGGGUAGUGUUCUUGACUAGCAAAAUACUACAAUAUUGUGUUGAAACCUCGUUUGAUAAAAAUAUUCGAAGUCUAAUUGCAUCGCCUUUUCCACCUCAAAUAUAUUUAGAUUACUGUAUAGUAUUCUCCAUAGCUCUGCAAAGCAACUUUAAACAAAAACCUAUAAACCAGUUAAGAAUUUCUAUGAAGUGGUAACAGUAUGAUGGUAUUUGCAGGGCUUGCGUGCAGAAAAACACAUAAGAUUUUUUGGGAAGGGGGAGGGUAAGGGAAGAGGAACAAGGAUAAGCAACUUACAUCAGGGAAAUACCAAAUUGGUGCAGUAUCAGAGUGUUUGUAGUUUGCAAGAUGUACACUUCAAACCACUUUCACUUUCCUGUUUCCUCAAAGAACGAUCAGGCACAGCAUCACGAUGUAUGAUCUUCCUGAAGUUUUUCAGUUGUGUGAUGAGGAGGAGUUAAAUAAAAACCUGAGUAAUAAGCUUUACAGAAACAGGUGGUCAGCAAUGUUCCUCGUGCUCCUUGUGAACAAUACGCAGUGAGGAACGGAGAACAAGCCUUUCCUUGCCACCUUUUACUUUCCUCCUGAAGUGCCAAACUUGUCUUUGCUUCAGGCCUUAGAGCAACUGUUCUCCUGCCCCAGAGCCUGAGCUUGUGAAGUACCUCUUGAGGCACUGCACAAAAACAUCUAAGGCAGAAGACUGCAGUGGAACAAAAGGUGGCUUUUGCCUCUCAGAUCUGUGCUGCUCUGAACAAUGCCUAGUGUCAAGGUGCCCUGUUUUUUACUGGCUUGGCUGGUUUUUUAGCAGGUUUUGUAAAGGAGCUCAGCCCAGAUUACGGGUCUGAGCACUUCCCAUAGAGGCAGCAUGUCUAACAUAAUCAGUGUUAAGGGAGAGCAGAAGCUGAAAUACAAACAACGAUGUAAGUUUUAGCAGCACUCAGUUGCAUCUGUUUCAUCUUGCCAUGCAGCAGCAUUGCAGACUUAUUUAUGGAUGUUACCGAGAACUGAGGUCUGUCUCUUCAGUAAUGAAGCCAUUGUACUUACCUUUUAACAAAAGGAAACCACUAGUUCAAGGAUCUCUUUCAAUCUUGCCGUGAUGAAUUCUAUAAAGUAAAGCUGCAGGAACUGAGUGAGUGGAUGUAAUAGCAGAAUAAAUCCCCCUCAAACCCCAAGUUUCUUGGCAGCUAAGCACUACUGUGUCUCAAGUGUAAGCUGACAUUGUGAGGCUCCCCCUUCCCAAAGGAGACAUCUCCCAUUUCUCCCCAUUUAAGAUGACUGUACGGCACUCCCUGGAAUGUCAGCAAAGUCAGAUGAUUGCAAACAAAGCACUAAUAGUUUGGUCUCCAGGGCUGUUUACAAGUCUGAGUCAAGAAACCUGAUGAUGAAAAAAGUUUUACCCACCAAGGCACAAAUGGCUGAUACCAUUUGCGUCAUGGGGUCCUGUAAACAUCCAAAAUUAUUUUUAAUCUCCUAUGGGCUACUCUCUCACUUUACUGCCUAUUAUGGAACUCUAAGUUCAUCUAAGAAUUGCUAGCAGGUAGAGUAGAUCACACGGUUAGUCCAGGGUUUGAGCAUUAAAAAAAAAAAAAAAAAUCACACCAAGCACUUGACUUCUAAAGAUUGCAUUGCAUUACAGCCAUCCUAGCUUUAAAGCCAUGUCACUGCACAUCUCCAUCUGCACUGUAGGAGAUCAAGUGGUAACAGAGCAUGCGCUUGUUAGACUUCAGCAAUUUCCCAAGAUCGAGUAAUCUUAAAAUCAUGGUUUGUAUUGUAAGAUUGGAUAGUGAUACUUUAUCCAUCGGUGUAUAUAUAGUAGUCAUUUCAUCUAUAUACCAUUUUACAUCCCACUACUGUGGCCUUCAUUUAACUUAUGAACAUUUUAAAGAUGUUGUAUUUCUGACUUUACACUAAAUAAAAACUUUUGAUUUGUCUC